GGUCAGUCGCUGCUGUGUGGUAUGCGAGCUCCAAUCCGUGCACGGCACUCAGUAGCUGCCCGAGAUGAAGUGUCGACGCCAUCUUCCGUCUGUACGCUCGACACCUCCAGCACGGCCGCGUCCGAGUCCUCGCGCUUCUCCGACUCGCCGUCGAGCCAAAAACUCGGAGACCUACUGACCCAAGUCGUGUGUGACGACUCGGAUCAAGUUGCGCUUGCACAGCGUCGUGCUGCCUUCCUGGUGCUCGAGCAGCUUCUGCUAAUUGACCAAAAACAAGACCAGAGCCAAACUGACAUGAAUGCCAAUCUUCUCAACGCUGCGAGUGACCGUCAACAGCCAACCGAAGCAGCCAAGCGAGCGAUGGACAUCUCGAAACGUCCGACGGAGCUGGACGCCUGCAAGUUCGCGAGUGCCGACUCCCGUCCGUAUCCGAUGAUGCCGGCUCUUGUCCAGAACGAAGAAGAGUCAAAGGAGGGGGAGCCAGAGCCGAUUAUCUACCCCAUUCCAGCGAACGAGGAGGUUCGCAUGGCCGCGAUUGAGCAUUUCCGUCUCCACGACGUCGCCAAUGUCUCUGAACUCAACGUGAUCUGCUCACUGGCUGCGGCAGAAAUGAAGGCCCCUCACAGCGUCGUCACACUUGUUGAACGUGAUGUGGUGACUCUGCUGGCGACCAACGCACCGGAAUACUGGGACGUCGGUACCGGUAAUCCGCGCGAGCAAACAUUCUGUCAGCACUUUGUCAUGGACGAUAAGCCGUUGCUCGUCCGUCACGCUGAGGCGGAUAUGCGGUUCUACCACAUCGCGCCCGUGACGAUGCGCAGUCUUCGGUUCUACGCUGGUUUCCCCGUUACUGGAAGCUCAUGA